AACUCCUAUUCUGCCAGCUGGGCUGCCAACGGUUAAAGCUGCCGGGGACGCGCGCGCGAGCCUGCCUGGCUCGUCACGUGACGCGCUCCCCUGGUUUCCGCCCCUUCCUUCUCUCUUUCUCCCAACGAGAUCGCGCACGCUCGUACGUGCGUCGCCCUCGCCGAAACUGCCUGGAAACCCCGUGAACAGAGAGAGCGAGAUCGAACGAUAGAGCGACAGGAACCGUCCGUGUCGUCAGGCCGCCCGGUGCCGUGAGGAGGAGGAGACGGAGCACCGGUGCCGGCCGCGGGUUUCGGGAUUGGAUUUCGUACCACAGGGACGCAGCGUGGGCCGUGCAGCAGUGUACAGCGCCGGAGGCCCGGGCCCAUUGUGUCUGUCACGCCGCGGCCUAGGAGCGGAGCCGGAGCAGCGGGAGGACAGCAGCGUGGAAGCGGCGAGCAGGGACCUGUGUGAGGACUGAGUGCGGACUGAGCACGGACUCUGGGACAUUGGGACUGUGCGGAGGCCCCGGGGUGUGGGAGGGAGGACACCCCCAUGGCCCCUCUCCCGGCUCCCUGAGCCGCUGCUGUGUGUGUGCGGCCUGUGUGUGUGCUGUGUGCGGCCUGUGUGUGCUCCCAUCCCCCUCCUAGCACUGCUGCAGCUGCUGCUGGGAACAUGUCGUGUGUGCACUACAAGUUCUCCUCCAAGCUCAACUACGACACGGUGACCUUCGAUGGCCUGCACAUCUCCCUGGCCGACCUGAAGAAGCAGAUCAUGGGGCGGGAGAGGCUGAAGGCUGCGGACUGCGACCUGCAGAUCACCAACGCGCAGACCCAGGAAGAGUACACUGAUGAAACGGCCCUUAUUCCCAAGAACUCAUCUGUCAUUGUCCGGAGAAUUCCCAUUGGAGGAGUGAGAACUGCAACCAAAACAUAUGUCAUAAGUCGUGCCGAGCCAGUGAGUGGACCAUCAAAAGCAAUUGAUGACGCUUCUGCAUCUCUUUCUCUGGCCCAGCUUGCUAAGACCCCCAAUCUGGUUGAAGCCAAUGCAUCUGAAGAGGACAAAAUCAAAGCAAUGAUCUCUCAGUCUGGCCACGAAUAUGACCCUGUAAACUAUAUGAAGAAACCGCUAGGCCCCCCGCCUCCAUCUUAUACUUGUUAUCGCUGUUUAAAGCCCGGUCACUACAUUAAGAACUGUCCUACAAAUGGGGACAAAAGUUUUGAGUCUGUUCCCAGGAUAAAGAAGAGCACCGGAAUCCCUCGCAGCUUCAUGGUUGAAGUUGAGGAUCCCAAUAUGAAGGGAGCCAUGCUUACAAACACUGGAAAAUACGCCAUACCAACCAUUGAUGCUGUGGCAUAUGCUAUGGGAAAGAAGGAAAAGCCCCCUUUUCUUCCCGAGGACCCGUCCUCCUCUUCCGAAGAGGAAGAUCCUAUCCCAGACGAGCUGCUAUGCAUGAUUUGUAAAGACAUGAUGAAUGACGCAGUUGUUAUUCCCUGUUGUGGCAACAGCUACUGUGAUGAAUGUAUCCGCACAGCGUUACUAGAAUCUGAUGAGCACACGUGCCCCACUUGUCAUCAGAAUGACGUCUCGCCAGAUGCCUUAAUCGCCAACAAAUUCUUACGCCAGGCUGUCAAUAACUUUAAGAAUGAAACCGGUUAUACAAAGAGGAUCCGUAAACAGCAAUCUGCCCCUCAGCCACGGCAGCAGGCGGCCCCACCGUCUCGCAGUGCUCAGCAGCCAACACGGCCGUUGACCUCACGCCAGCAAGAUCCUCUUAUUGCCCCCACUACUACAACGACUAUUGCACCAGCUGCAACUCCUACCCCUCAAAGUACUGCUCCCAGCCACCCAGUUGCACCCAGCACAGUACAAGCCAAUCCUCCACCUCAGUCUGUGCCCCCUAUAGAGCCUACACCAGCACUACCAUUACCUGUCCACAGGGAAAGGGAGAAGCCAGAGCCUGUGUUUCAUCCGGAAAAGCGUGAAAGUUCCCGUUCUGCCUCUUCUGUUCCCGUCACCUCACAGAGCGGUUUACCGCUGCCCAACAACCUUCUCAUUGGGGACAAAGGCUACCACGUUCCAGUGCUUGGGCAGAUGCCGCCUGUUACUCACUGCCUUCCCCCUCCAACUCCGCUUAUGAGGGCCAAUAUUCCAAGACCCGCCGGGCCAAGACCUCAUAUGGGAUGGGAUGGUCACAGCCGUGGGCGCCACCCACACAAUGAUCGACCGCCGAGGAACCAAGGGCCUUCACUAGCAGCCACAGGCCCAGUGUAUGUUCCUCCUCCAGCGCCAAUGUUUCCUCCACCGCCACCCCAUGGUAUGCAAUUGCCGCCUGGUGUCCCGCCACCUCAGUUCCCUCCACAGUUCCCUCCUGGACAGCCACCAGCUGCAGGUUAUAAUGUUCCACCUCCAGGAUUCCCUUCAGCUCCUGCUACAGUGUCUGCUCCUUGGGUGUCUCCAGCAGUUCAAGCAGCGCACACCAAUGCACUACCAGCACAAUCACUGGCACCUCCUCUGUCCAAAGAGGAGUUUUACAGAGAACAGCGACGUUUGAAAGAUGAAGAGAAAAAGAAAUCUAAGCUCGAAGAAUUUGCCAACGAUUUUGCUAAGGAACUGUUAGAAUACAAGAAAAUUCAAAAAGAACGGAAGAGAUCAUAUUCUAGGUCCAAAUCUCCUUACUCUGGAUCCUCUUACUCCAAAAGUUCUUAUUCAUAUUCCAAAUCGAGAUCAGGUUCUUCGAGGUCGCGUUCCUACUCUCGUUCCUUCAGCAGAUCGCGAUCCCGGUCUUUUUCAAGAUCUCCUUCGUACCAGAAGAAAGUCCAUGGCAAAGGGCGUGCUUACCGUUCUAGGUCCCGCUCUCACGGAUAUCCUCGUUCCAGAUCUAGGUCUCCGUACAGGAGACUUCAGUCACGAUCUAGGUCCCCGGUGUACAGACCAGCCUCCCCUAACAAUAAGAGACUGCUUCAACAACAAGUUGAGGGGGAGCGGGAAUAUUGCAACCGCUACCGUGAAUUCCCACCAUAUGAAGUCAAAGCUAUGUAUGGUGGUCGACAGCCUGAUCUUAGAGAUACUUAUGAAAAGGAAACCUACAGAGAGUGGGAACGAAACUGCAGGGACUGGUGUGAGAAGUAUUAUAAAGGAUGUGCAAUUAAUACUAUGCCAAGACAAAGGUCACCUAUCAAUAGGGAAAAUUUCCCUGAGAACCGAUUUGGUCUUCCACAGCAGGCCCGCAGGGAACACUCCCCUUAUAAUCGUGGCCAUAGAGACAAUUAUCCUCCACCAUUGAUGCCUCGAAUGCGACCUGUGGCUGGUGGUUAUCAGGAGAAGCUGUUGCCACGUGAUACUCAUGUAAUGAAGGAUUCUAGAAAAUCAAAGGAAAAGGAAAUUUUCAUGUCAUCUAGUGACUCCAGAGCAAACAAACAUAAGAAACAUCGCAAGAGAAGAAAAGGGGAGGAAAGUGAAGGCUUGUCUAAAGCUGGCCCCGACACAUCUAGAAAACAUAGGGACUUGCAUGGUGAUGAUGCCAAAAGGCUUGAACCUCUAUUUGUACCUACAAGUAAAGAUGAUGCCACCCCAGUGAGAGACGAACCCAUGGAUGCAGAGUCCAUUGCUCUCAAACCUCUGUCCGAUAAGGACAGACGGGAAAAACCCAGAGUGAAAUCUGAGAAGACCAAACGCAGAACUGAUAGUAACCAACUGAAGAAGGAAAGUUCCUCCAAAGUAGUCAAGGUUGAAAAAGUAAGUGGUGAAGUAGAUAAACUGAAACAUGCAGGCCAUGAACCAACUCUAAAGAAGGCCAAUGACGAGGCUCAAAAGAAUGAGACUGUGAAACAUGCCACUUCACAAAAAGAGGACAAAUCCAUCAUGCUUCCACGCAAAGUCACUCUUAAGACAAUGAAGGACAAUCAGGAUAAUAAACAAUCAAAGGAUGAUAAGAACAAAAAAGAUCAACCAAAAGACACAAAGCAAGACAAACCGCCAAUUAAAGAUGAAAAGUCGAAGAAGGCCGAUGAAAAAUCCAGAACGGAGGAGUCCAAGCCUGAAAAACGCAAGCGAAAAGCUGAUGAUAAAAUCACAGACAAGGAACAGGAAAAGACUAAUGUUAAAAAUACAACAGCCGAGACCACUGAGACUCCAAAGCUGUCUUCUUCAAAAACGAAGACUGAGGCAGAGAUUGCAAAACCUGAAAGAGUCCCAGAAAGGGACAAAAUUACUACCACUGCACCAGCUGUGAAAAAAAUUAAACUGAAUCGCGAAAGUGGAAAGAAAAUUACAAACACUGAGGUUGCUGGAGGGUCAGAGGAAGCGCAGGUGAAAAGUGAUCCUACUGUAAUUACGAAGACCAAACCAGAGCGUGUUAAAGGGAAACUAAAAAAGAAAGUUCCUGCUCCCGAUGGUUCUGGCUCCACAUUGGUUGACUAUACUAGCACAAGCUCCACCGGUGGAAGCCCUGUCCGCAAAGCUGAGGAAAAGCAAGACAUCAAGAGAACAGUUAUUAAAACAAUCGAGGAGUACAACAAUGACAGCACAGCUCCUCCUGAAGAUGUCAUUAUAAUGAUUCAAGUUCCGCAGUCAAAGUGGGACAAGGAUGAUUUUGAGUCUGACGACGAUGCCAAUACCAAGAAAUCGCAGGGAGCACCUAAUACUGGGAAACCAGUGAGUGUUGUAACAAAACCAAUGUCUACUGUAAUUCUGCCAGAGAGAGAUGCAGCUUCUUCGGAAAAACCCAGACCGAUUAAGGAACAGGCAAUUGAGGGUACAACACAGCAUGCCAAAUCCACAAAGGAUACAUCUGUCUCUCUAGUCAAAAAUAAAAUAAAGGAUAAGGAUAGCCCAGCGACUGAAAAGGAAGCUUCAGAUAAAAGAAAAGGAAGUUCCCAGACUGACAGCAAUUCUGAACGCAGCCAGCAGCCUUCUAAAGAGAGGACAUCUGAAAAGGCAGAGCCAGGUCGUGGCACAUCCAGCAAAGAUUUCACUCCUACACGUGAGAAAAAGUCUGAUCAUGCAGACAAUAAGGAUCGAAAACUGGAACAUGAAAGCAGAGAGAGGAAGCAAGAGCAUGACAACAGGGACAGAAAGAUCGAACAUGAGAGCAGGGAAAAGGAGAAGAAGAUCGAGCAUGACAAAAAGCAAGAGUCCGAUAGAGACAAGAAGACUGAGAAUGACAGCAAGGACAGGGAAAGGAGGCAGGAGCAUGAGAGUAAAGAUCGAGAAAGGAAACAAGAGCAUGACCGAGACAAAGAUAAGAAGCCUAAACAUGACAGUAAGGUCGAAGAGAAGAAACCCGAGCAUGACAGCAAAGAUAAAAAGUCUGAGCAUGACACCCGGGAACACGGAAGUUCCAAGAGAAGAGAGGAGAGGAGAAAGGAGUCUCCCAUCAGGAACAAAGACUCCUCUUCUAGUUCACACAAAGUAAGACUCAGAGACACAUCUAGUGAAACCACUAAAAAGGUUAAAAGAGACUCUAAGAGCAGCAGCCAUAGUCCUGGGCAUGAGCGAAGACCAAAGGCUGAUAAAAAACCAUUGGAUGCUAAACGCCCAAGGAAAGACCAAGCAUCUUCUGACAAAAGCAGUGAAAGGGGAAGGGAGAAACUUGUCUCCAAAUCAAAAACUGGCGAAGACUUGAGUGACAAAAAAUCCCCACACUCCAAACGUUCCCCACCAGAUACAAAAACUGAUAAGGAAGCUGGUGAAAAGGAUACCACAAAGACUAAGGUGCCUCAAAGCCGCUCAACACGGCUCUCUACAGACCUAACCAGAGAGACUGAUGAAGCUUCCUUUGUGCCCGAUUACAACGAAAGUGACAGCGAGGCCUCCGUUAAACAGGAAGACGUUCUAGCACAGGACCCUCAGGAAACCAAAAACAAGGACACAGAACCCAUGGAUACUACAGAAGCAGGUAAUAGUAACUUACUCACUACUGCCCCAAGCAGUCCAACCGCCAGUCGUAGCCACAGCCCAGAAGAUUCUCUCAGCAGUAGCGCCAGCUCAGCAGGCAGCCAAGACCGCAAGAAAAGGAAGAAGGAAAAGAAGAAACAUAAGAAGCAUAAGAAACACAAGAAACAUAAGAAGCACACCGGUAACGAAUCAGAGACUGAAAAGAGCCAGAAACACAAACACAAAAAGAAAAAAUCCAAGAAGAGCAAAGACAAAGAGACUGAGAAAGAUGAGGCAAAGGCCAAACCUCCGACACCCAUGUAAGGUGGCUACAAACAGCAGGGAAGAACUUGCCCCACAUCACCUGUAUUCAUUUGUUAUUUUCCAUGUAAUGUAAACAAUCUUGCUGUGUAAAUAAUGGGAAACUGUGCCACACCUAAUAUAUUGAUUAUAUGACUUUUACAUCAGAGCUUUAUAAAGAACGUUUUUGUACAGAACUCUGUGUGUUGUGCACAUUGGAAAUUGGGUUUCUUUUUUUUAUUUAUUUCCUGGGCAUUUUGCAGUUAUCCAUCAAUUAGGUGGAAAAUAGUGUACUGUGAAAAAAAUCCCUCUACGUUUUAGCCUCCUUUAUGUUGAUAUUUGUUAAAUUGGGGCACUUGUUACCCUUCGUUCCAAAGACCGGAGCCCUUCACACCUUCAACAACUUGCACUGUCAAGUCUGUAUGGUAACUUAUCAUAUAAGCUCUUACCAGCAGAAGCCAUCUGCUCCACUCAAUACAAAACAAAAUCUUUUUUUCACCUUAUUCGUUUGUUACAAGUCUCUGAGUGCCGCCCAUAGGAAAGGAGAUAGAUAUAUAUAUAUAUAUAUAUAUAUAUAUAUAAUCCAGAUGUGUGGCAGAUGAGUAUUCAAUACUGUGCAGAUUAUAUCUGCCACAGAAAAUGGUGUAGAGAUUUGUUUAUAAUUUUUUCCCAGUAAUGUGAAAGUUAAAAGCAUUAUCUUGUUCUAUCAUGAUGCCCGGUUAAGUACAUUUUAUUUUGUGUUGACCACAGGCUUCCGUUGAGACAUUUACCAUUGAUUACGUUUUUUUUUUUAAUGAAUAUAAAGUAAUCAGGCUUGUGUCACCUGAUCUUUUUGUAUAUGAACAUAUGGGCUUUCCCUACAGCCGAUCCUGGUGGUAUGUCAUUGACCUGCACAGUCCUAUAUUUGUGGUGCAAAGCAUUAGAAAUGGCUUUAUGGGAUAAAAUAAUGUAUAUUGCACUGAAGCGAUCUUCCACCUGCAUAAUGAGGUAAUCCGUUCAAAGGUGAGAAAGGGAAAGUGCUGGGGACUCGGGAACUGAGACCCGAAUUCUAAAGGAUCUGUAAGAAUGUUGCGUCAUUUGUUAGUUACAAAGCAAACCUACUGUAAGCAGGCUUCAUGCACCUCUACUCCUAGCUGAAUGUUGCAGUAUUACAAUAUGCCACAUAUCCUGGGGAAUAAAAGAAGUUUGACUCUGGU